GGAUUUUGUAUUCUCUGUAAGAAACACACUUAUAGAAACUUGGCGUACGUAGCCAAUGCUACCUCUCGUCCCUAUUGAUAGGACGAACCUAUGCAGCCCGGUAUACACCUCGCCCAACUAACCAAACCAAUAUGCGUAUGUAGCUAGGCAAGUAUUAAGUCGGAGACAAGACGUUUCUUCUGCGGCUUGCUGAUGCAGAUUACCCGCACGCUUCGCCCUAUCUCGACUCCUCGAGGUGUCUGCCUCCAUCUUUUUCUCUCUCCAAUUUUUGGUUUUCUGCUCCAUCGCUAUCGCUUACCUACCGCCUCCUCCAUUCCCCAUUCCCCAUUCCCAUUCUUCUUACCCCCGGAGAGAAUACCCGCCAGGGCGAGGCGGAGGAAAAAAAAACCCCCCAAAGAACCCUUUCUCCAAAAAGUUGCCGAACAAUCCACCGUAUUACCCUCCCCCCAUCUCUGUCCGUCCGCUGUCCGGCUAAGUCCCUCCACCACCGCGCGCCGCCUCUCUCGCCGUGCGUAUACGUACCUCUACCUGCCUGCCCACGCGACUACCUGUCCUCGGCUCGCCUACCCGCGAGUCAGGUUGCCGUGCUGGCGGAGCCUGGGGGGAGGGGGAGGGGCUCUAGAUACCUACGGCACAUCUUGUCCUGUGUCUGUAGGAUAUGUGUGUGUGUGUGUGUGUGUGCCCUAGACGUACCUACCUACCUCAUAGACCUCUCCACCAUUACCCACCGACGUAGAACAGCCAGCCCCCCCUUUCCACUCCCCGGGCUCGGCUCGACUCGCUGUCCCCGCUGCGUGCAUGCAUAUAUAUAUUGCAUCUGUACGCGGGCUCGCAAGUACCUAGGCAGGUAUACGCGUGCGCACGUACCUCCCUCCCUGUAUUCGGUACGUACGUCCAACGUACUCGGAGCGACGCCGCCCUCUUGCUGGGUAGACGGUGGCGCGCGCGAGAGAUAAGGAGUGGGACCUGCU